UGUGUGUCUGUCUGUCUGUCUGUCUGUCUGUCUCUCUGUAUGUCUGUAUCUAUCUGUGCAGCAUCUUCUCGAUUGACCUCGUCAGAGAAAUGCAGAGCACAUUAUCAUUAGGAGAAUUGUUUUGGGGCAGCGCAUCGCGAGCAGAACACAUCCACCACUGGAGGGAUCAAAUCUGUGCCAUCUGAUGCUCAAGGAUUUAUGGGUUUAGACAAAAUUGCUUUUCCCAGUGUGGAGAUUAAACUGUGUGUGAUGUUAGCAGGACAGACGUCCAUGUUUGUUCAGGCUGUGCCACUAAAGAGAGGAUGAGGCUUGUUCUGGCUGCAAAGUGUGGAGGAUGUGAACACUGAACAGGGAUAUGAGCACCAUGCAGCUGGAGACUGUGUUUGUGUUUAUCUGCGUCUGUCUGGUGGGCGCCGCUGGAAGAUCAUCCCACAUAAGAGGUCACAGACCGGAGCCCUACAAGCAAAGCAGAUUACGCCGAGAAACAACACGAGUGGAUGGAGGAACACACAAGUCUGGCAGCCCAAUCUUCAGAAGAAGUCCAGACAUGACAAAGUCUCCUAUGACCAAAUCUGAGCAGCUGUUGAGGAUAGAUGACCAUGAUUUCACAAUGAGACCUGCGUUUGGAGGACCUCCGAUUCCAGUAGGUGUGGAUGUCCAGGUGGAGAGUCUCGACACCAUCUCUGAGGCUGACAUGGAUUUUACCAUGACCCUGUAUUUGAGACAUUACUGGAAAGACGAGCGCCUGUCCUUCUCGAGCACCAAUAAUCAAAGCAUGACCUUCGACAGCCGGCUGGUGAAGAAGAUCUGGGUUCCUGACAUGUUCUUCGUUCACUCCAAAAGAUCUUUCAUCCACGACACCACAACAGACAACGUGAUGCUACGAGUGUAUCCCGACGGAAACGUCCUGUACAGUCUGAGAGUGACCGUCACUGCCAUGUGUAACAUGGACCUGAGUCGAUUCCCUCUGGACACACAGACGUGCUCACUGGAGAUCGAGAGCUAUGCGUACACUGACGACGAUCUAAUGCUUUACUGGAAGAAGGGCAACGAGUCGCUGAACACCGAUGACAAGAUUUCUCUGUCCCAGUUUCUCAUCCAGAAGUUCCACACCACAACCAAGCUUGCGUUCUACAGCAGCACAGGCUGGUACAAUCGUCUCUACAUACACUUCACUCUUCGGCGGCACGUCUUCUUCUUCCUGCUGCAAACGUAUUUCCCGGCCACGCUGAUGGUCAUGCUGUCCUGGGUGUCCUUCUGGAUCGACCGCAGGGCCGUGCCAGCCAGAGUUCCUCUCGGCAUCACGACGGUGCUCACGAUGUCCACCAUCAUCACCGGAGUCAACGCCUCCAUGCCCAGAGUCUCCUACAUCAAAGCCGUGGAUAUUUACCUGUGGGUCAGCUUCGUCUUCGUCUUCCUCUCCGUCAUCGAGUACGCGGCCGUCAAUUACCUGACCACGGUGCAGGAGCGGCGAGAGAGGAAGCUCAGGAAUCAACUGCCUUGCACGUGUGGACUAGUGAACCCAGACGAGGACAUGAUGAUGACCACGUGCUACAGCGGCGAGGAUCCCAGCGCAGCGGGGACGUAUGGGAUGCCUGAGAACGGAGCGAGGCAGGAGAGGAUCCUGGCCCAGCUUACCCUCGCCGACAGCCGGAGGACGAGCCGAGUGAAGACGCCCCUGGCAUACGUCAACGUCUGGAUAGACACUCAUGCCAUAGACAAGUACUCCCGAGUGAUCUUUCCUGCCGCUUACACGCUCUUCAACAUCAUCUACUGGUCCAUCUACUCCUAACACCUCAGCGGAUCUGAGAGAACCAGAACAUCAUCCGCUGCGUCUCUCUGCCUUCUCCAUCCUGGAUCUCACACUCCUACAGUGUUGUAGGUUUCUAUUGUUCAACAAAAGCAACUUGAGUUGAAACUCAUGUUACUCCUCACAAAUAAAGAUGAGAAGCCACUGGUGUGAAAGGACUGAUCUGGCAGAAGCUGCCCGUUUAGAGACCACACACGUGACUCCUUCGAGACUGUUAUUUCAAUGCAUGUAUUUAUCAAGGAUGUCUAUCAGUGAAAUUCUUUUAAUUUUUAUUUGCACAAUGUUGUUGUAGUCACACAUUAAGACUGAAUGGUGUGUGAAUGUACAGCAGGGACUCUUCACUCAAGACAACUACACAACACAACCCUAAAUCAAGUUUGCUCACUCUUCUUGGACAUACAGUAACCUUGCAGGCAAUAUGUGAGGAUGCAGUCCUCCGCUGGCGUUCACAUGAACCUUUCUGCACAACAUUGAUGUUUUCAACUGACAAGAGUCUUUAUAAACAUCUAGCCUAUAUUUACUAAAAUAACUUGAUAAAUGCUUUUAUAAUUUAAUUUUUCAUGUUUAAUAUUACAAACUGUGCUGUGUUUUUAAUAAAAUACAUGUUAGGUAUGAUUAAAAAAGGCCAUAGUUUAUUUUUAUUCAACAGAGGGUAAAACAAACAAUGCAUAUUGUAUGAUCUGACAUUGUGCAUUAUUCAUCUGAACAUAUGGAUGAUUUUAAACCUUUAAUCCUUCUGAAUAUACAUGACCUUUGUUCUUUUCUUCUGCAGACUAGUAAUCUCUGGUAAUCUACAGCGGCCUGCUAAUGGAUCGCGCCAUUUGUGGCAUUGCAUCGAUUUCCUCACGCUGAUCAACACAUAAGCAUGAAUAAGCACUUCAGUACUAUGUUGAGAGAGUCUGGCAAUAUUGUGUAAAUGAAAAAAUGCAAAGCAUGAAAUUUUACUGAUAUGGGAACCAAACGAAAGCAAACCAUCCAGUAUAACUCCAAGACUUUUCACCUGGGCAGAAAUAUUGACUGAUUAUGAUCAAUGAACAAGGUACAGGAUUGAGUUUAAGACAGACCCAGAACCCACAAGGAGGGCUUCAGUCUUACUGGUAUUUAACUUAAAAAAAAAAAAAUUUGACAUUCAAAUAUUAAUGUCCUGGACACAUUUAGUAAAAUCAGGAGGGGGAUGAAAAACAUUAGGUCUUUCAGAAAUGUACACGUCGUCGGCGUAAAAAUUAAAAUGAAUACCGUAGGAACAAAAAAUAAGACCAAUAGGAA